AGGCCAGUGGGUCUUACCAUUGGGAGAUUAUUGGCGACAUUCAGGAAGUUCUUGAUUCCAUAAGGACAGUUUUCUGUAGGGGAUAGAGUACAGCUGGAUUUUCAUAUAUUAAGGAGUGGGCAUCAGGUAAGUAAAGAAUGAAAAACACGCUUAACGUUUGCAGUUGUCUUGACAGUGAAACAUUGCACAAAUGACCUUCAUUCCAAGGGAGAGUAGCAGAAGCUAAGCAGCUAAGGACUCCCUUACCUUCCAGCCACCCAGACUUAGAACCUUGUUCCUUAUUUUCCUUUGUGCACCGUUUCCUCCUUGUACCUUAAAUAUUGGGGUUCCUCAGUUUAUGGCUUCAGUUAGCAUUUAUGUCUUGACAGCUUCCAGUCUAUUUCUAGUCUGUCUCCCAAGCUUUUUCCCCUCAUUUGAAACCACCCACUUGACAUCCCUGCUUCGACUUUCUGCAGGUGCCUCCAAUUGAACCUGUCUACAUAAUGACUGUUCCCUCUCCCAUUAAGUGGCUUUUUCAGCUAGCAAAAUACCCAGGCAGAAAGCUGGGUACCUUACUGACUCUUCCUGUUCUCUCAUCUGCUUACAUCCAGUCACUUUCUAAGUCACUUGUAUUCCUCCAGCCACUACUCGUAGUCCAGGUUAUCACCUUUUAAGAUGGUUGAAAUAGCUUCGUUGGCCUUUGAUUAAGUGAAUUUUUCCCUACUCCAAGCACAUUACAUUACUGGAGUGUGUUCUAAUGUUUGUCAAGUGGGCCUUUAUUGUAAUUGUUUUUCCUGACCAGACUGUACAUUUCAUGAUGUCAAGGAUUGUCUGUUGAUUCCAUAUUUUGUUCCCAGUGUAUGCACAGCCCAUGCUAAUUAAAUGGGAAAAUGUUCUAGACAGGAAUUGAUGUUUGUUGGCUUGUGGAAAAAGACCUGGAGGGAAAGAGCACUUGAAGAUCAAGAGUAUGUUCCUCACAGAAGAGAUUUCACCAGAAGUUUAAGUAUCACUACUCCUGAUCAGAUGAUUGAAAAGGCCAAAGGGGAAACUGCUUAUUUGCCCUGCAAAUUUACCCUUAGUCCAGAAGACCAGGGACCACUGGACAUCGAGUGGCUGUUAUCACCGGCUGAUAAUCAGAAGGUGGAUCAAGUGAUUAUUUUAUAUUCUGGAGACAAAAUUUAUGAUGACUACUAUCAAGAUCUGAAAGGACGAGUGCAUUUUACAAGUAAUGAUCUCAAAUCUGGCGAUGCAUCAAUAAAUGUAACAAAUUUACAGUUGUCAGAUAUUGGCACAUAUCAGUGCAAAGUGAAAAAAGCUCCUGGUGUUGGAAAUAAGAAGAUUCAGCUGACAGUUCUUGUUAAGCCUUCAGGUACAAGAUGUUAUGUUGAUGGAUCAGAAGAAAUUGGAAGUGACUUUAAACUAAAAUGUGAACCAAAAGAAGGUUCACUUCCAUUACAAUACCAAUGGCAAAAAUUGUCCAACUCACAGAAACUGCCCGCCUCAUUGUUAGCAGAAAUGACUUCACCUGUUAUAUCUGUAAAAAAUGCCACCACUGAGUACUCUGGGACAUACAGCUGUACGGUCACAAACAGAGUAGGCUCUGAUCAGUGCCUGCUGCGCUUGGAUGUCGUUCCUCCUUCAAACAGAGCUGGGACAAUUGCAGGAGCUGUUGUAGGGAUUUUGCUUGCUCUCGUGCUCAUUGGCUUUAUCGUCUUUUGCUGUCGUAAAAAGCGCAGAGAAGAAAAAUAUGAAAAGGAAGUUCAUCAUGAUAUCAGGGAAGACGUGCCUCCUCCAAAGAGCCGCACAUCCACUGCCAGGAGCUACAUCGGCAGCAAUCACUCGUCCCUGGGAUCCAUGUCUCCUUCCAACAUGGAAGGAUAUUCCAAGACUCAGUAUAACCAAGUACCAAGUGAAGACUUUGAACGCACUCCUCAGAGUCCGACUCUCCCACCUGCCAAGGUAGCGGCCCCUAAUCUAAGUAGGAUGGGAGCGGUGCCUGUGAUGAUUCCAGCACAGAGCAAGGAUGGGUCUAUAGUAUAGAGCCUCUGUGCUUUCAUCCAGGCUUUCCAUCUCUCUUUCCUUCUCUUCAGAUAGGGAAGCCAGUUCCGUUUUAAAUUCUGCUACCAGCCUCAAAAUAGAUCAAAAAGAAGUUAACUGGAAACUGAGAGUUAUACUUUAAAAAGUUUUGUUUGGGGAAAAAAAAAUAAUAAAAGUUAUGUUUGGUUAUUGAAAUAGUAAAGGCAUUGAAGUCACUAAAGACAUUCACCAUCUGAAAAAAAAUUUCCUUUAGGAGAUUGAUUUGAUAAGAUUUCUAAAUAUUAAUACUUAAAAUAUAGCACUUUGAAUAUGAAAUCAUAGGUGAAGAAAUUGGUGAACUUACAUGCACUCUGAGUUGAUACUUGAAUCAUCUGAAAGUGGUACUUACUUUUUUCUACCAUUAUUUUUAGAUUGCUUUUCUCAAUUUGUGAUCAGAUAGUUCCCUCCAAGUUGAUAAAGAAACAUUCAUGGCAGAAAUAUUUAUGAUACAUUUAUGUUUGUUCUUUUUAUAGCUUCUUAGAAAAGUCAUUUAAAUAUGAGUUUGAAAUCCUUCUAAUAACAUAGAAAACAGUACAGUAUUCUAGAAAUUGCUACUUUUACUUCAGAAUCAUUCAUAAACCUUGUCUAUGAAAUGAUUUAACUAUUUAGUUGAUAGACUGCUAUAGGCAACAGGGAUGCAGUAAGCUCUUUUAUAUGCUAAAAUAACGGAGCAUCUCUCUGAUUUGUUUAGAAAAUUUGCUGUCAGCUACAUACAGCAAUGACACUAGUUAGGGGUGCAAUAGUGAGUAUGGGUUUUGUUGAGGAGUAAUCCGAAGGCCUUGAGGCCUAUGAUGGUCUUCAGAACAAUGACCAGCCAGAAACAGGAUGGAAUAUUUUGCAGUUCCAACUAAAUACUAGCCCUGGACAAGAUAUUUUUCUAACAAAAAUUAUGGCUCAUGUAUUAACAGUUUGAAAUUCCCUAAUUAUGGGUUCCAAAUUUAAAAGCAGUUUUUACCUGGUUGGUUCAGUGUGGUUGUUUUUGGUGGGGGUGUGGGGGGGUGAGCUUUGUGGUUGGUAUUGCAUAUUAUGUGUUCUAGAAACAUGUAAUCCUAAAUUUACCCACUUGAAUUUAGUCCCCGGAGAAUUUCUUUCUAGACUCAGAAGAUGAAAUAAUUUUAAGCUAGUAAGUGUCCUCCAUCAAUUCUGUAUUUCAGACUUGGGAGGGUGCAUAGCUGCUCUUGUAUGGCCAACAUGUCUGUGUAGUUGCAGAAAAUGAAGGUGAGCUUUGAAAAGAAUGAGCCUUAGUUUUGUGAAAGUGAUUUAUUCUUAAGAAAAUAAAAAGCAAGAAAUGAAAGGAAAAGGAGUAAAAGGUAUACUCUUAACUGCCAAAUGUGUUAAAUACUGUGGUAGUAGAAGAAAGUGAAUUUCUUGUAUUUCCCUUAAGAUUGUGAGGGAGUGUGGAUAUAGUCAAAUGAGCCAACAGUUUUCUUUUAUAGUAAAUAAGGUUUGCAAUAAAUAUUUCACUAGCUCUAAAACCUUUUCCCUAGAUUUUGGUAGGGAGUUGGUUUCUGUAGAUCUCUUUGGGUGCUGUGGUGGUAAAUGCUACAUUAUAAAUUAAUGUUGGUAUGAAUUUGAGAUUAGGCAGAAUACGGUGUAUACUUUAUAAUUAAUGGUGAACUUAAGCUGAAUGUCUGUGUAAUUGAUUAGUGUAUAGUUUUAUAUAUUUGGAAGCAUUUUUUUUAGGUAGGUUUUUAACCCUACAUAAUAUUGCUUUUAUACUUGUGUUAACAUUUUCAUCUGUGCCUUUGGGUAAUUUAAUUUUUAUUAUGAAUUUCUGGUGCCUAUGAGCUAGCUAUCACCUGAAAGGUGCUUAGAGGUGAAGGUACUGUUCCUAAAAAACACAUCACUGUGACACGUUUCUCUUUUCAUACUUUGAAUCUUGCCUCCUCUUCUCUAUUCUUUUUGGGUGCAGCUUAACUGUGUUAUUCAUAAAGAUUUUAAAACUUCAACACCCCCAACACUCUUUGUGUUUAUGGUUUUAUAACAGUAGCUAUUUUUGAAUGCCAGAUGUCUGGCCUGUUUUAUAUGAUAAAACUUAUAAGAUAGUAUAAGAAUAAAUAACAGAUCACAAAGUUCAAUUAAUAAAAA